AAGCGAGAGAAGGAGCGAUAGAUUCGAAAAAAAUUAGAGGCAAGAAAAAAAAAAAAAAGGAGAUAGAAGAGAAGAUAACGGCGAUGGCGAUUUCGAGGUUCUUGACGGCGCUGGUCUUCUUUUUCCACGUUGCGACGGCGACGGCGACGGCAUCCGUCUUCAACGUGACGACGCUCGCCUUCGACGAGGGCUACUCCCACCUCUUCGGGGAGGGCAAUCUCGUCCGCUCCCCUGACGGCAGGACAGUCCGCCUCCUCCUCAACCGUUACUCCGGUGCGGGUUUUAUAUCGUCCGAUCUCUAUAACCACGGCUUCUUCAGCGCCUCCAUCAAGCUGCCGUCCGAUUACACGGCAGGAGUCGUCGUCGCAUUCUACACAUCUAAUGGGGAUAUUUUUCCCAAGACGCAUGACGAGCUGGAUUUCGAGUUCUUGGGCAACAUUAGAGGCGAGAAAUGGAGAAUCCAAACCAAUGUCUACGGCAAUGGUAGCAUCGGCCGGGGCCGAGAGGAGCGCUAUAUUCUCCCUUUUGACCCCACCAAGGAGGCCCACCGCUACUCCAUCCUGUGGACCGCCACCCACAUCAUUUUCUACGUCGACCACACUCCCAUAAGAGAGGUCGUCCGGAGCGACGCCAUGGGUGGCGAGUACCCAUCCAAGCCCAUGUCCGUCUACGCCACCAUAUGGGACGGCUCUACGUGGGCCACAGCCGGUGGCGCGUACAAGAUCAAAUACAAGUACGCCCCCUUCGUCGCCGAAUUCUCCGACCUGGUCCUCCGCGGCUGCCGCGUCGAUCCCAUCCAGCAGCGCCCGUCCACCGACCACUGCACGGACGCCGACGCCGAGCUCAUGGCUGCCGAUUUCGCCAUCAUGACCCCCCGAAAGCGCGCAGCCAUGCGCCGCUUCCGCGAGCGCUACAUGAUCUACUCCGUCUGCUACGAUACCCUUCGGUAUCCCAACACCCUACCCGAUUGCACCAUCGUUCCCUCGGAGCAGGAGAGGUUUUGGGAGUCCGGCAGCACCAAGUUCCCACCCCGCAGGCGCCGCUCGCGGCGCCAGGGUCGUUUGCCGAGUGCUUCCGACCCCACCAACCAGCCGGACGUCUGAAGUCAUCGUUGGUUCAUCUAAUGCACGGCGUUAGGUGGUCGACCAAUAUAUAUAUAUAUAUAUUCUUCUCCACGUCAUUAUUGGGCAGAUAUAAAAAUAAUAAAAUAAGAUGCGAGUAGGAUCGGCGGCUUCCUUUUGCUUUGGUUUGCCCAUUUGUAUUUAUUUACGAUUUGUUGAUUCGAUUUUUGGUGGUUUUUUAAGUUGGGACGAUGUAAAGGAGCAGUUGGCGCUUUAGGUUUUUGAUUUAUUUCAGAUGGAUGUGUCAUCAUAAAUAAACACAAGGGGUUAGUUCAUGUACUGUAAAGUUUAUUUAUAUGUGCGCAGAAUUUGGUGGAUGGUCUUGAGGAGAUGCAU